AUGCGCAAGCAGUGUGAUUCUGUGAAUUUUGCUCUGAAAAUCCGAGUGAACGAAACUAAAGAUGCCAAAAAUAAACUGGAAGUACAUUUGGCCAAGGUACAGGAUGGUAUUGGGAUGGGCAAGUUGGAUUAAAAUAUAAAUUAUGUAAAAUUUAAGGUAUCAUAAAAUUCUACAAAUAUAAUACCGCAAUUCACUUGAGUCUUUACUAGAUGAGGCAAAAAUAAUUUAUGUUAACAGUCUUUGAGAAACCUUAGGAAGUGUCACAGGGGAUACAUAAUAUCAUAAAAUAUCUCACUGCAUGUGCUUUAAGGGAGACUUCUCUUCUACAUGCAAAUAUGCAUUAAAUUACUAUUUUCACUAGCACAUUCAUCCUCGUUGCACAGUGGUGCACUACUUACUAGGGCUUAAUAAUUUGUAAUGAAUAAAAUAGUCUUUUGCUUGUUCCUUAAAUAACAUCAGUUACAUCAAACCCUUAAAUGUCCCUGCCCACCCCUAAAUUUAAUUCACUUUUGCGUGGGAGAUUUGUUUCUGAUGUCUUGCUUUUACCUUGUUAAGUAAAAUAAUUAAAUAAUAGGCAUUGCAGCAAAAAUAUGACUAGCUAUAUUUAACAUGACCUGUAUCUGUUAUGGAGUGUAGAAUCAAUACAAUGAGUUCUGCUAAAUCCUUUAAAUUUCAGGUGAUGGAUGAGAUCAGUUCUCAGGAAAAGAACAUAGAACACUUGAAAAAAGCCAUUAGCGAUAAGGAAGGACCAAUCAAAGUCGCUCAGACUCGUCUGGAGACAAGAACCUUACGUCCGAACGUGGAGUUGUGUCAUGACCCUGUACAGUACAGACUCCUCAAUGAGGUUCAGGAGCUCACAACCAAUGUAGAAAGGUGAGAGUGGCAAUAGUUCAGGAUUAGAGAUGUCGCGAACCGUCCGCGAACUUCUCGCGAACGGUUCGCCAUGGUUAACCGCAAACCGUUCGCGGCGAACUCCGGUCAGCUGACACAUCCCGGCCAAUCUCCGGCAGACCCUCCCUCCCAGUCCCUCCCACCUCCUGGACAGCAUCCAUGUUGAAGUACAGGGGGAAAUAUAGUGAACCUCUAAAGCCACACAAAAGGCUAAAAGUUUGUAGUAUAGUAUUUUUAUGAUAUAGUACUUUUCUCAUGCGCGAAAUUAAGUAAUUUGCUUUGCCCAAGCAUUGCUCCACAAAUGCCUUUGACAUAAGACUGCAAAGACUAACCAUGCCAGAACUCACAACAGUGAUAUCACUAACUGAUAAGGGUUUAGAUUGCAAGUAAUCACAGUAUGCUUCAUUUUUUUAUAUUCCUCUAAAAUGUUUAAAUGAAUCAAACAUAUGAGUUAUGAUAAAACCAGUCUUCAUAUUAUGUGAUCAGUUUAGUAUUUUUUUUUAAUAUCAGUCAGGAGAAACAAGGACAUUCUUGGUGUUUUUUUUUUUUUUAAUUUAUACAUUAUCUUGACUUUACUUAGUUUAGCUUAUCUUCCCUUAUAAUAUAUAUAUUAUGUAUGUCAGUUUGGCAACCUUUUUGGUUUGUUUAUUUAUUUGGUAUUUUAUUUUCCUGUAGUGUUUAGAUUUACUCAAAUCCAGCUGCUGUCUUUUAACUCAAGAGAAAGACCAUUUCCUUACUUAGCAAAUCUUCCAUUAGUAUUAAGGCAACUGUGACUUCUUUCAUUGUAUUUAGAAUUAGAUUUGGAAAUUAACCAAAAUUUCUAUUAUGCAGAAAAAUCCAUCUAGAAAAGUUAGGAGUAGAUUAUAUUUAGAAAAGUCCCAGAAAGCGGUGAAUGCAAACAGGGAUUUUGAUCUGUGUUUAUGAUCUGUAAACCCCUGACAAUGCUCUUAUACUCCAUAAUAGGCUCCGGGAAACUCUAAGGCUUGCAGAGAUCGAACUAAAAGGUCUCAUCCGUAACCAGCUGUCUCUAGAAGAGGAGAUCAAGGUUAAAGAGAAUACACUAUACAUUGAUGAAGUGAUGUGCAUGCAGAUGAGAGAGGCAAUAUCAAUCAACGACUUAUAA